AGUCGCUUAUUCCGGCUAUUGUCUUGUCGCGGCCAUCCUGCGAACAAGGCUAUUAUCUCUAGAUCGACAGUCAGCUCUCCUCAUUUUUCUGUCAAGAAUGCAGGCCUACCUACUAUCUCCAGAACACGAACACUGCCGUGACGGCACCGAAUUUUGGUCUCGUUGGGCCUCAAUCUCGCUUGGCUACUUGGCGGUACCAUGCGACCUUCUCACAUCUUAUCACCCCGCAACAGGGUUCUCGUCGUGCCAACCGCAUCCAGCUCGCAUAAGCAUCGCAACGAACGCCAGCCAGGGUGACUGCACUGCCGUUAUCAGCACGCAACAGAGCUGGACCUGCAUGAGGAGGAUUUCCACUAUCCAGCUAGGAUGCUCACUUCGUGCCAUCCCUGAUCCAUGGCGGGUUGCGCCGUCUGCGAAUGACGGCGGUCAGCAAACACGAGUCGGGGCAUGGAGGGGGGCGACGCCGAGGCGCAGGAUUCUCUGGCGCAGGGGGAACCGCACCCGGCUGGCUCGGAGGGUUCGCCUGACAGCAUCAUGGGAUUUCCUCGGGCCAGAUUGACGGCGGGAGGCUGAUGGUCUCGAUCGAAGAAUGGCUUUGUGUUGCCCGCUGAGGAACUCAAUCUCACAGCAUGGGGGUCCCCUUGCGAAGCU